AUGUCCAUCAACGGCAGCAGCCUUCUCCCAGUGGUUGAAUGGGACGGCAAAGAGAAGGCGUGGAAGGGAACAGUCCCUGCGGAAGAGCCAGACCUUGCGCCGUCUGAGAGUGGUCCUGUUGAUAGGCCCAACAGCGGCAGCAGUGAGCAGUCUGGACGCCCACCGUCAACGCCUUCUGCUCCUGGCGGUGGUGACGCGGCCGGUGACGGUGGAACUGGCAACAACGGCCCGGAACGCGGUGCCCCGCCGAGGGAGAAGGAAUCCAUUUCUGUGGCUCCGCAGGGGGCAGGCAACGGGAGCGAACACCACGAGAGCAGCCACGGCAUCACCAGCGGUGGUGAUGCGAGUGGUGGAGGGGCCCAUGGUGAGGGCGGAGAGUUGCCGUCAGUUGUUGGCGGCGAGGUGAGCCCUCAAGAGGUGUCUGGGGGGCGGCGGGACCACGCGACAGGCAGCAGAGAUGCACCGCCACCAGCACCAGCGACAGGGGAGAGCACGGGGGAUCAAAACGCACCACAGACAGAGACAACUCCGCAGCACUCGGCAUCACGUGAGGAGCCUUCACCGCCACUGCCGGAGUCAGAGGGAACUCAAGAGGAGGGGGACGCCAACGCGGAGUUGCCCCACAGCGAAUCCGCUGUCGCACCGGGUGCCGCAGCGAAUACUUCAACUGGGAGUGAGGCGGAGACACCCGAACCAACUCUUUCUGCAGGUGGUGUUGGUGCUGUCGGUCCUCAGCCUGAAGGGCCCUCUGCGGAGGCCGGCAACGGCGCUGCCCAGCCCAGUGCCACUGAGACACCGGACGGGCACCACAGCGAAACUGCCACCAACACGCCGCCAGGCAGUGCGAAGGAAACAACGACACCGCCAGCUGCCGACGCCGUCCACUAA